CAAUUAACAUCGAUCAGACGUUUCCGGAGAAGACGACACUCAUUCCUUGAUAAAAAAAAAUUAUAUGAGAAGGAAAACAAGCAUUUAUAAUGUCUUGGGCUUGUCUGCUUCCUGAAGAACUUUUAUGUAGACCUACUAGUCUUAUAGUCCUGACUGGUUUAGAUGUUACUUACAAUGCAAUUCAUAAACUGAUCUGGGACUCAUUUUGUAACAACAGACGACCAGAUCGUGUGCCACUUCAGUUUAAAGUCUUCUCAGGAGACCAUGAGUACCCUAAAUGUAGGACAAACAAGAGACAGUCAUAUGAGUGGUACAUACCAAAGGGUAUCGUCAAAACUGGGUGGAUGUGCAAACAUUUACAGGAAGUUCCUGCUGUUGUCGUGGUUUUCUUUGACCUUGACUGGGAUGAACCAAUGUGGAAAGAGAAACAAAUGGAAUGUGCUACCAGAGUUGAAAUUGUCAGAAACAGUUUACAAGGCAGAUCAACGAAAGUAGCUGUUGUAUUGAUACAGAAAAAUGCCCCAUUACCACCAGGAGAAGAUGUGAUUGCUGCAGAGAGAGCUGCCUCCCUCUGUAGUGCUUGUGACUUGUCGGCAAAACAGCUGUAUGUCCUUCCCCAUACAGACCAUCUCAUAGGAUAUACUAUAAGAUUAGAAAAUGCUUUUUAUGAAUUAGCCCAAAGCUACUAUCAUAGUGAAGCAAGAAAAGUCAAGUCACACAGAGACUUCCUUAACAAGACAACACAUCAGCUCCUGUUUGUGAGACAUCAGUUUAAAAUAGCCUUCUUUAAUGAACUAAAGCAAGACAGUCACACAGCUAUCAAGAACUAUAAGCAAGCAUAUGGACACUUACUGGAACUAAGGAUGCAUGACACCAACCUGUUGGAGAUAAAGAGUAUAGCUGGUUUCAUCAACUACAAAAUUUGUAGACUAUCAUUCCAACACAAUGCUCCUCUAGACGCUAUAGCUCAGUUUAGGAAACAUAUUGACUUCUUUAAAGGAAAAAUUGGAAUAGCAGAGUUAGCAUUUGAACACAGUGCAUGGAUGUCAAAACAAUUUCAAGUUUUUGGAGACUUAUUUGAUGAAGCUAUAAAGUUAGGAUUAACUGCAAUACAAACUCAGCAUCCAGGGUUCUACUACCAGCAAGCUGCCAAUCAUGCUGUUGCUAGGAAACAGUUAUGUAGGGGACUAUGCAAGCCUCUGACACAGGUGCUCCAUCCUGAUCCAUUAGAAAAUCUGUAUAAAUUAGACUUUUAUGGACAAAGACCAUGGAGACAGGGACAUCAGAGUAUAGAGGCUCCAGAUCUUCAAAGAGAAAAGGAUGGCAUUCUAGCUUUGCAGAGUUUAGAAGUUCAGGAAGACCAUUCGUGGUUGAUUAUACCAUUGUUGAGUAGUGCUGUGGCUCAGUUUAAGAAAUACAAGUCUCCAAGGAUGAAGAGAUAUUUAAUGGUACAGAUGGGUGAGGAGUACUUCCAUGCAAAAGACUACAGUAAAUCAUUAAUGUUGUUGAACAAAGUUAUGUGGGAUUAUAGAGCAGAAAGAUGGUGGCUGUUGUUGACCUCAAUACUGGACAUUUCCUUAAAAUGUGCAUACCUCACAGCAAAAGUGCAAGAUUAUGUUUCCAACUGCAUGGAAUUGAUAGGAGCAUAUUCUAAAUGUAGUGUAGAAGAAAAGACAAGAAUCCAGAUGAAUCUGAUCAAAGUUAUGUCUAAUGACCAGCCUGAACCAGAGCCAGGCCUUGACCCCCAGGGAUCAGAAGCAGCUAGGAGAUUAUGGCAGACUACAAUGGAUACACCAUGUACCUUCACCAUAGAAAUGCAGAAUAUUGUUCCUUUUGUUGAGUGUAAAGCCAGAUUUACUGUUGAUAGUGUGUCUGCAGAUAAAGAAAUAGAAUUGGAUGUCUUCCUCAGAGCAAACUGUCAAUUUCCAGUAAGAUUUUCAAAGUUGUCAGUUUUCUUCAGUAACCAGAUUUACAACCAGUACUGUAUUGUUGUUGAUGGCCAUGGUGUAUCAGCUGCUUCAGAGUCAGAGGGCACAGAGGCUGAUCUAUAUUUAGUUCCAGGAAAACCCAAAUCUUACAAAUUUAGUUUUCUACCUGUGAAAGAUGAUGUUGAUACUCAGCUAGAGAUAACAGCAGUUGUUUUAGAGUUUGGUUUAGAAACAGGAAGUUUAGGAAAGUUGAAGUGGAUUGGUGGGGGUGGUGAUGCUGUUACACCCUUACAGACAGCCUUGUCUAUCUUACCAAAACAUAUCAACAGAGAGGGUCCAUUGGAGUGGGACAAUAUUGAUGUUAAAUCUGCCAUCAAAGUGACCCAUAGACCAGCAAAUGUAAAUUUUACAUUACACCAUGAGCCACCUUGUCUACUGAAUGAGUUCUACCAACUAGUGAUAGAUGUAGAAAAUAAGGAAUCAUUAGAUAUUAUGGAUGUCAGGUUAACUUUUGGUUUAAAAGACCAGAGCCAGAAUACGUCAACUGAACAAACAGCUCAUAUAAGUAUGGACAAGGCAGAGUAUGAUGGUAACGUGGAAUGUCAGAGAAUGGCAGCUAAUAUAGGUGUUGUACAGGCAGGUAAAAUGUCCAGUAGAAAGAUGUACAUCAAGAAUAUGCAGACAGGAAGUAAAACUGUUUUUGUCAAGGUUGAAUAUUCUAUCUCUGUACCAACUAAACAGACACAGAUCACAUGUUCUUGUCAGAAAGAAGAGUUCAUUACAGUAACAACUGUGUCUCCGUUUGAUGUAGCUGUCAAACUCCAGUCUAUGAAAUUUGAAGAAAUAGAGAAUAUCCAAGCAGAGGAGCCUUUCAUUUUACUACCAGAGUUAACAUGUACUUCACCAUGGCCUGUAGAAUUUAAAUCUAGUCAACUGCAAAUGCCUACAAACAUACAGAGUACAGAUGAGGAAACAGUAUCACAGAUUCAAGGAGUUUGUUUAAACAAGAAAGAAUGUGCUACAGAGUGUUUUUGUUUGAUCACCAAAACAACAUCACAAACCUCAACAUCACUGGGAACCUACACAGUUUCGUGGAGAAGGAAAUGGGACAGUGAUGUGGAGCUACCAUUUGUAACAACUUCCUUCCCGUUGCCUGUAGUCAACAUAGAACACAUUCCUAUAUCAGUAGAUCUACGGCUACCAGCUUAUGGUAGUGUGAAACAACUGCUCCCUCUCUGUUAUGUCAUACACAAUAGGACCUCCUAUCCACAGGAAAUGGAAGUCUCCAUGGAACCUAAUGACAACUUUAUGUUUUCUGGUAACAAGCAGAUACACUUCCGAGUCUUACCAGGAAAGCCAUACAAUUUGAUGUAUAACUUAUUCCCAUUGAUGGCUGGACAUCUGUUGCUGCCAAAACUUGCUGUUAACAUGGUUAGAUACCCAGGGACAAUAGAUCCUAUUGUACAGAAAAUGUUACCCUCUCAUGUCUUCAUUAAGCCAACUGGGAAGACAUUAUCAGCAGGUGUGUGAAAAAGAUAUGGAAUGCAUUAUGCAUAAAAGCUUUAAUUCAUGUACAGUCUUGUUCUGGACAUUUAAAUUUCAUACCAUUUCAUCAGUGGGACUAGUAGAUAUGUUAUUUGUAGGAUUCUCUUUAUAAUAAUGGAGACUAAAUGAUUAAUACUGAAUAAGUAUUAGUUUCUGUCAUUCAUUUUUUUCAUGAAAAUACAAAAGCAGGAGAAAUUGUAAUAUUGAAAAACAACUGCUUACCUACAUGCCUAGUUAAAUAUGAUUAAUGUUUACUGUAUAUGGAGUGGUUUUGUUGUUUUAGAGGAACCACUAAUAGUUAGUAAAUGAUAUCUGUCAUGUAGUUGUAUUAACACUGGCACAUCUCAUUUCCAUGGAAAUUAUUUGUCCCUCUGCCCCUUAAUCAUGGUCCUUUUACUUUAAAACUUUUGCUCAGUUUUUAUGUUUCAGUUUAGGUCAAGUUUGAUGUCUUUAACAAUUAAAAAAUCUAAACCUAAAAGUAAGGUCCAGAGUUAUAAUAUCCCAUCCACUCCUUGCUGUACAUUUAGUCUUGUUUGGAUAUACUAUUGAAGUACAUACUUGCCGGGGUUGAUUUUUUCUUUCUUUUAAAUGUAGUUAAUGUUAAUUGGGCUGUGUGCAAUAUCAGUUCUGUUUCUUAAAUUGAUAAAUCUGUUAAAUAUUCAAUCUUGUCAUAUUUGAAUUAUGAGAUUUUAUGCUUAUGACUUUUUUGCUUGUAGUAUUCAUGUAUGUGUGAUAAAAAAUAGCCCCAAUUUUCUGUGACCUUUGUAAAAAAUAUUAUGAUGACUAGGUAUGUAUCUGUAAUUUUUAUUUUGAGUGAUUUAUUAAUUAUGUUCAAGAUUAGGGUUUUCACCUUACACCAUUUUUAUUGCAAACAAAGCCAAUGUUUGAUAUUGUAGGGCAGUGCAGAUAUUCAGAACUAUAUAUCAAACACCAAAUUAAAGCUGUUUAGAGCUACCAUUCUUUAAUACUGAUCCCCAAAAAGAUGAUUACCUUGUUUAAAAUAUUUAAUAAAUAACAUUGAAGUAAAAUAAUUUAAUUGACAGUCUAAGUGUUAAGGAUGUUCGCUCCUCUUGUUUUUGAUUUUUUGCCAGAUAUUCCGAAUCCUCUUGUUUUAUCCAUGAAGUGCCAUUAAACAUUUUUGCCCGCUAACCCCUACUUUUCUUUACAUAAUUUUAUUACAUCUAGUUUAAAAAGCCAUAUUUGAAAAUCUUAUAAAAUCCUUGUUAUUUUUUUUAUUGUUUUUGAAAGAAAAAAGGUGCCAAUGUUAAAUGUAUGAAAAAUCUAGAGAGAAUCAUUUCCCGCCAAAUUUUCAAUGGCUUCAAUCUCGAAAACAGGCACACGGAGCCCUCAUUUUCAUCUGCUUUUUAUAGUUUCUUCAUUUAUAUACUAUCAAUUCAUAACAGUCUUUUAAAAAGCUUGUUAUUUUGAAACAGAUGAGCGAACAUCCUUAAUGCAAUAUAUUGUGUCCAUAGGCGGAUCCAGGGGGAACCCUGGGGGGGCCCGGCCCCCCUUUCGUGGGAAAAAUUUGGUUGAUUAUAUAGGGAAUCACUGAAGCGUGACUGGAGCGGGCCCCCCCUUAGGUCAGUCAGCGUGCCCCCCUUACAAAAAGUUCUGGAUCCGCCACUGGUGUCUAUAAUCAUUUUCAUAUACCAUAGCCUUGUUUAUAUUAAGUCUUGUUUUUUUCACAAUCGUGUGCUUUUCCAUUUUUCUCAGAUUCCUUUUGUUUAGUUUUGCCAAAAUUUUCUCCAUGGAACUCCACAUGUUUGCAAAACCAUUUAGAAUAAACUUUAAUUUGACUUGAUUUAUAAACAACUGUAGUAUAAAGGAUAGUGUUGUGUAUGCAUUUAUUUAAUUUCAACUGGCAUAAAAAUGUUAUUUAUUUAUGUUCUACUUUUUGAAGAAGAUAAAAUAAAUUAUUAUCAAGUGUUUUA